AUGGAAUUGGUAUCAUGGAUCGUUGUCUAUCGUCUUGUUGAUUAUCACGAAUGUUUCAGAGUGUAUGACAAUCCCAAUGUCACUGUGCACUUCAAUACAGAGGCGGUGGACCUUGUAAGCAACACCAAAGGACAGAUGUCUGGCAUUUUAAUACGGAAGGUUGAUACUGGGGAGGAAUCUGUGCUUGAGGCAAAAGGGCUGUUUUAUGGCAUAGGCCAUUCGCCAAAUACACAAUUGUUGAAAGGCCAAGUCGAACUUGACCACUCUGGCUAUGUACAAGUUGAGGACGGUACUGCAAAAACUUCAGUUGAAGGUGUAUUUGCUGCUGGAGAUGUGCAGGAUCAUGAAUGGAGGCAAGCUAUAACUGCUGCUGGAUCUGGAUGCGUUGCAGCUUUAUCCGUUGAGAGAUAUCUCGUGAGCAAAGAUCUUCUUAUAGAGUUCCAUCAGCCCAAAACUGAAGAGGUUAAGAAGGAACUAACAGACAGGGACGUUCAAGAGGGUUUUGACAUUACACUUACAAAGCAUAAGGGGCAGUAUGCUCUACGAAAAUUGUACCAUGAAAGUCCAAGGCUUAUAUGCGUAUUAUAUACAUCACCAACAUGUGGUCCUUGUAGGACACUGAAGCCAAUCCUUAGUAAGGUGAUUGAUGAAUUUGAUGAGAAUGUACAUUAUGUUGAAAUUGAUAUAGAGGAAGAUCCAGAGAUAGCAGAGGCAGCUGGAAUAAUGGGUACUCCAUGUGUGCAGUACUUUAAAAAUAAAGAGAUGCUCAAGACUGUCUCAGGAGUCAAAAUGAAAAGUGAAUACAGAGAAUUCAUCGAAGCAAACAAAUAG